AUGAAUUUAGUAUUGUCACGUACGUCUUCAGUUCUUUCGAAAAAUACGUCGAAAAAACGUACAGCUCUGAUUGUGGGUGCUGGUGUAGCUGGACCUGUAUUAGCUUACUUUCUUCAUCGUUAUGGUGUACAACCAGUAGUAGUCGAACGUGCGUCACAUCUACGCAAAGGUGGUCAAGUUCUCGAUCUACGUGAAACUGCUGCUCGAGAAGUUGUUCAACGCAUGGGUAUUGCUAAUGCAAUUCGUGAAAAUCUCAGUGGUGAGAAAGGAGUACAUCUAGUCGAUCGUAACGGACGAAUUCAAGCCACUUUCCGUUCAGAUGAUUUUGGAGGUAAAGGUUUCAUCUCUGAUAUUGAAAUUCUUCGUGAUCGAUUAGUAAAUAUACUUUAUGAUCACACUCAUCGUAAUGUUGAAUAUGUCUUUGACGAUCAUCCAUUAUCAAUCAACGAUCAAGAAAAUCACGUACAAGUGACAUUUGCAAGCGGAAAAAGUCGCGAUUUUGACUUGGUAAUUGGUGCGGAUGGAAUACAGUCAAAAACACGACGCUUGGUGUUUAGUAAUAAAACACAAAAGCAUUAUCUCGGUUUGAAUAUCGCAUAUUUUACCAUUCCUCGGAGUCCGUCCGAUAAUGAAUGGGGACGUUGGUACAAUGCACCGAGAGGACGAACAAUUAUUCUUCGUCCUGAUAAUCAGGGUACAACACGUGUAUUACUAUUAUUUCGUAGUUCAGAUCAUGGAUAUGAAAAUCUCAAUAUAGACGAGAAAAAAGCAGCAUUACAAAAGCACUACCAUGAUGCCGGUUUUGAAAUAUCUCGAAUACUUCGUGAACUCGAGAAUACAUCUGAAUUCUAUUUUGAAACUGCUGUACAAAUUAAUAUGGAUCGGUGGUCACAAGGUCGAGUAGCUCUUGUAGGUGAUGCAGCAUAUGGUACAACUGCCAAUGGUUUCGGAACAAGUAAAGCUUUUAUUGGUGCAUAUCUCUUGGCCGGUGAAAUUGGACGCUCUCAAAACCAUACAGAAGCAUUUAAACAAUACGAAGAUUUGAUGCGACCAUUUGUGAAUAAAACUCAAAACAUGUUUCCAUUGGCUUUACGUAUCACUGCACCAGAAACGAAAACGGGAAUAUUCGUGAGAAACGCUUUACUAACGGCUGUUUCGAAACUUCUUAAUACACGACUUGGCGCCAAAAUGUCACAAUCAAAGCCUACUGAAAGUGGAAAUGUUCUUCCUGAUUAUGAUUCAUUAUUGCUUCGAUAA